AAACACAUUGACGUAUUAAAGAACUUUUAAAACAAUGAUCGGGUUACAUCCGAAUCUUUAAAAUGUGCCGAUUAUUGUAAUUCAGUUGCAAAUAUGGAAACACCCUGAUUGGUGUAUUUAAAUGAUCCAAUUGUUGAAUAUACCGUGGCCUUUCAACAGGCUGAAAGGGUCGGAAAAGUAUUCGUCCGAGAAAUGUCAAAAUGGCGUCUUCUCAGGACGCUUGGUAUCUAUCGUUGUUAGGCUUAGCUGAAAACUUUCGGACAUCGAGCCCACCAAAUAUUAAAUCAUGUAUUCAGUGUCUUCAAGCUGUCUUCAAUUUCAAACCACCACCUCGGGUCGAAGCUCGUACUCAUCUACAACUUGGAAACAUUCUUCUUACUCACACGAAAAAUAUCGAUUUGGCGCGAUCACAUCUAGAACAAGCGUGGCGUUUAAGUCAAAAUAUAAACACUUUUGACGAUGUUAAAUUUGAGGCAGCGAGUGUAGUAGCUGAAUUGUACGAACAACAGCAACAGCCAAGUUUAAGUAAACCUAUAUUAAGGAAGGCCAUAGAACUAUCUCAACAUAAUGUUUAUUGGCAUUGUAGACUUAUAUUUCAAUUGGCGCAAAUACAUGCAUCCGAAAAAGAUUUCGUCGCAGCAAGUAGUUUGCUGGCUGUUGGUGUCGAUUAUUCCCACAUUAGUAAUGCAAGUUACACACGUGUAUUAUUUUUAUUAAGUCGAUGUAUGCUCCUAUUAAUAGACAAGAAAUUUACGGAAGUCCAUACACUCUUAAAUUCAGCCGGUCACCAUGUUGAAAAUUGGCAAGGAAGUCCACAUCAAAAAGAAUACUUAAAAGUAUAUUACUUGGUGCUCCAAGUUUGUCAUUUUCUUAUGGCUGGUCAGGUAAAUAGCGUGAAACCUUGCUUAAAACAACUGCAACAAAGUAUACAAACGAUCAUGUCUCCUAAUUGGCCAACAGAUGAUGUAGUUACGGGUUCUAAUAUAGGAGAUAUGUUCAUAUGGAUGCCAAAGGAUCAUUUGUAUGUUUUGGUUUAUCUUGUAACUGUUAUGCAUUCAAUGCAAGCUGGUUAUAUGGAUGAAGCACAAAAAUACACAAAUAAGGCUCUUACCCAAAUCGAAAAAUUAAAAAUUGUCGAUAAUAAGCCGAUACUCUCUGUCUUUCAACUCAUGCUAUUAGAACAUAUAGUUAUGUGCCGCCUCGUCAUGGGAAAUAAAAGUGUGGCACUUGCAGAAAUAGCCCAGGCAUGUCAACUUUGUAGGCGGCAACCGAGAUUAUUACAAGGCCAUCGGCCUCAACUGCAUGCUCUUUUGGGAUUAUAUGCAAUGUCUAUGAAUUGUAUGGAAGCUGCUGAAGCUCAGUUUACAGCUGCUCUUAGGACAUCUCAAGAACGAGAACUUUGGACAUUUGCAAAUUUAAACUUGGCCAUAGUAUACCUUAGAACAAAAAGAGAUGCAGAGUUGGGUGCUUUAAUGGAAAGAAUAAAUCCAGAGUCCUUACCAUCGCAUUCACAUUCCUUGAGAGCAGCAGCAUACUAUGUUCAAGGUCUCCAAGCUUUUUUUGGAGCUAGACACAAUGAAGCCAAGAGAUAUCUUAGAGAAACGUUAAUAAUGGCAAGCUCAGAGGAUUUAAAUAGAUUAACUUCUUGUAGUCUCGUUUUGUUAGGACAUAUAUUUCUUUCAUUAGGAAAUAGUAGAGAAUCUAUGAAUAUGGUUACACCUGCCAUGCAGCUUGCUUCCAAAAUACCAGAUGUACACGUACAACUAUGGGCUACUGCUAUUCUGAAAGAUUUGUAUAGAAUUUGUGGAGAUCCUAAUCGUGAAAGUGAAGCAUAUCAAAUGCACUGUACAUUUUCUCAAACUCUCUUAAAGGAUCAUUUUCAAAGUACACAAAUGAGUGAACAUGCUCUUAUUCAAUGGACAGACGGUCCCAUACCUGUUUUGCCAAAUGACCCACCACCUUCCACAUCUCAGACAAUUCUUCAAUAAAAUUAAAAAAUACCAAUUUUGCUUAUUUACUUAAAGUAAAUGGUUGUUAAAUUGUGAAAGUAUAUAUAUCAGAUUUGCGUGACAGUGCCGUUGAACGAUCACGCAAAAACGGGAAAAAAACUAAUAGUGCAAAACUUAAUACAUAAAAAGUAAGUUUGUUAUAUCUUUAGAAUUCAUUUUAUACAAUGAUAUGUGUUGAUUCCGUCUUCAAUAUGAAAAACUUAUUUAGACUAUCAGAAGGGCGUUUGAAUUAUUAUUAUCUUUAGAACAAUAUAAUAUCCUUUAGUAUAUAUUUCUUCUACAGCCUCUAUUUAUAGUUUUGAUGAUAUGAAUAGAAAAUACGCGCAUCUUGAUAAAACAUAUGUAUAUAAAAUUAAAAAAAAAUUUGUUUUAUUUUAUUUUUUUUUUUUUUUUUUAAAUUAUAAACUUUAUUCCAAGCGAAUUUGAUAUAAUAUUAUAAUGCAAUACAACAUGUUUUAUGCUACAUAUUAGAUAUGAUAUAUCUAAUGAAUAGUUUUACUUUUUAUUAUUACAAUAGAAAGCACAAAUAUUUUUAUCAUUACUUUUAUAUGUUGCUGCUAAACAAUUAAUAUUAAUUAUGCUUUAGUUUUUAUUAAAGAGAGAUUAGUUUUAGAUUAACUAUUGCAGGGUUAACAUGAUAACAUCAUACCAAAGUAAAGUAAGUCAAGAUAAUGACAAUGAUAAGAAAUGAUAAUAUUGAAGAUAAUCAAUAAUUGAUCAUAAUUGUGAUUACCAGAAUGACUGAUGAAUGUUCUCUGUAUUAGUCUUAUUCAAAAUGAGAUACAACUUAUUUUAUAUAAUGGUAAAAUGUACAGUGAAUUUUAACAGUUCAAGAUAAAUAUUUUAAUAAAUUUCUAAUAACACAGAGAGAAUUUUAUAAAAUAAGGGAGUAAUAUAUUAACUAACCUCAUUUGCGAUUAAUCUCAUUUUUUAUUAUAAAUCGAAUCGAAAAACAUUUAUUUAAUUUUCAAACGCUUUUCUGAAAUUAUCUGUUUUGCAGCUUUAUCCACUAUUAAAUAUGUGAUUUGAUCUUCAUUUUUUUCAGUCUGUAUCUUUUUUUUUUAACACACCAUGUAUCUGAUACAUAUCAACAUUAUAAAAUUUUACAUGGUGUGAUCAAUAGUUGGCAAGAUGACAAUAAUGUAUUUUGUUGUAAUCUGUUCUGAUAUGUUUAUCAAAGUAGCCAUUAAAAAUAUAGGCUGUGGUGCAAAUGGAUGGUUAAGAUAUAGUCACCGAUGCAUUUUUAUAAAUUGGAACGUAGUUAUACCUGGUAUAACAGUACCUGCAAAAUAUUUUGUAAAAAAAUGUUAUAGUACUUAUAGCAUAUAUUAAAUGCGUAUAAGCGCGCGUGUGUCCUGUGUGGUAGUUUUUGCUUGAUAUGAGUCCAUAUAUGUAUGUAGGGUAAAUAUUACCGCACAUAAUAUGAUAUAAAGUUGAUAUAUAUAUACGAUAUAUAUCGAUGUGCAAAUAUUAAUUCUUGGAUUAUAGUCAUUCUUUUUACUCAAAAAUUAAAUUAAAAUGUUUAAUCGAUAGUAAUUGCUUUAUAUUUAGAUCAAACAUGCUAUAGUAUAGAAAUAUGCAAAUGAGUAUUAUAAUAGUACAAUAGAUUAAGGGAGUAGGUUAUUAAAGGCAAGAUUACAAAUUAAAAAUGAACUUGAUUGAUGCUAAUACAAGCAAUACAUAAAAAACAUAGUAUAUGGGGCCUUAGUAGACUAUAAGAAGUGAUAAAUUUUGCCUAAAACUACUUACUCCAAUAAAUUAAAUGUUCGUCAUGUAUAUAUAUACUCGAAAUUACAAAGUUAUAUAUAAUAUGCUAUAUAAAACAAAUAUGGUUGAAACCAUGAACUAGUAACAUUAUGUAAAAAUAUUUCUUUGUCUUAAUGUAAUUAAAAUGUAAGCAAAUAAGUUGUUUA